GACUAUUUUCGCCCAUAAUUCGCGCCUCGUGCCUCUUUCUAGCUGCUUUGGCCCGCGCGUCUUUAUACGGGAGGGCAGAAGCCACAGCACCUCAGGUGUCCACCGUCCGCCGUGCGAAUUAUCACUCGAAAUGGAGGAGGACGAGCAGAAGAUGGCGGUGAUGCGCAAGGCAUUCCAGAUGUUUGACACGAGCAAGAGCGGCUUCAUCGACACAAUCAAGAUCUCGACGAUUCUGAACACCAUGGGCCAGCUGUUCGACGAUUCCGAGCUGAACGCCAUCAUCGAGGAGAACGACUCGGACGGGACGGGCAAGGUCAAUUUCGAUGGCUUCUGCCGGAUCGCGGGUCGUUUCCUCGAGGAGGAAGACUCCGAGGCAAUGCAAGAGGAGCUCAAGGAGGCCUUUAGAUUGUACGACAGGGAGGGCAAUGGAUACAUCACCACGGCAACCCUCAAGGAGAUCCUCGCGGCCCUCGAUGAUAAGCUCACCAAUACCGACCUCGAUGGCAUCAUCGCCGAGAUCGACACAGACGGCUCCGGCACCGUGGACUUUGACGAAUUCAUGGAGAUGAUGACUGGAGAAUAAAUGGACCUAAAUCGUUGAAUAAUCAUUGAAAUGGAUCAUUGUCCGUCUUGGAGGAGAAGCAAGCAAUUAUCGAUGAAAUUCUACUAUUAUCACGGCUUAUCACAAUCAACGUCAAUUUAUUAAAAUGCUAAGGGACUCUCGAUUAUCAU